AUGGUUCCCAGCCUCUCCACCGUCGGCGUUGCCGCCAUGGCCGCCCUGCCGCUGGCCAGCGCCCACAUCACCAUGAAGCACCCGGUGCCCUACGACGCCACGUCGCUCAAGCAGGACCGCAGCCCGCUCACCACGGACCAGUACCCGUGCAAGUUCCAGACGUACUCGGAGACGGAGCGCACCACGCUGGCCGUCGGCAACCAGUACACGCUCGACUUCUACCCGGGCACCGAGGCCGAGAUCGCUGAGAUCGGCAGCACCCAGGGCGCCGCCGUGCACGACGGCGGGUCCUGCCAGCUGUCGGUCACGCUCGACAAGAAGCCCACGGCCAAGUCGGUGUUCAAGGUGUUCCACUCGAUCCAGGGCGGCUGCCCCGGCUUCAACCAGAAGACGUCGAGCUUCCAGUACUCGCUGCCCGACUCGAUCCCCAACGGCGACGUCACCUUCGCCUGGACCUGGUUCCCCGUCUCCAGCUACGCGCCCGAGAUGUACAUGAACUGCGCCCCCGUCACCGUCUCGGGCGGCGCCGACGACGACUCGGCCUUCAACGAGCUGCCCGACAUGUUCGUCGCCAACCUCGGCUUCACCACCUUCGACGCCGGCCUCUCCGCCGUCAGCUCCCUGCUCGAGAGCACCGUCACCCAGGCCAGCCUCCUCGCCGCCGGCACCCUGCCCACCUGCCUGGCCCAGGGCGAGCACGUCCUCGAGUUCCCCAACCCGGGCGAGAGCCUCGUCACCGGCACCUCGGACGUCCUGACCGGCGGCCUCGCCGCGCCCAAGGGCCAGUGCGCCGGCGGCAGCAGCAAGGCUUCGUCUUCUUCGUCUUCGUCUUCCUCGUCCUCGUCUGAGGAGUCUUCUUCUUCUUCCUCCGUCGCCACCACCGCCGCCCCCGCGCCCUCCGCCGCCGGCAUCUUCGCCGAGGCCCCCGCCUCUUCCUCUCCCUCCGCCGCCGCCGCCGCCGCCGCCGCCGAGGAGCCCGUCACCUCUGCCGCCUCUGUCGCCGCCACCACCCUCCUGACCAUGACUUCGGCCGCCACCCAGGCCGUCUCCCAGGCCACCCAGGUCGCGUCGCUCGGCGAGGCCAACAGCGCGUGCACCGACGCCACCGACGGCCAGGUCGUCUGCAACGGCACCUCGCAGUACGGUCUGUGCAACCGCGGCAACGUCGUCUUCCAGGACGUCGCGGCUGGCAUGGUCUGCCAGGACGGCAAGGUCGUUGGUGCGCAGUAA